AUGUUUCUUGCGUCCAACGCGGUUGCCCUACUAAGCCCUGGUCUGUAUGAAAUAAUAAGUCCUUUCCGAAUGAAUACGCAAGUAGACCGUUUGUUACGAGACGCUCCCACCAAAAGACGGAAAAGAAAACACUUGAAACAACAAGCACUGAAUGUUCCUGAUAAUUGGUUGGAAAAACGAAUUCUCCUGCUUCAGGUGUGUGAACAUGUUGAGCGUUGCUAUGAGGACUUCUGUCGUGGUACUUUACUGCCAAAUGUUUUGCCUAAUGGAACCGAAGAGGAUCUCAAAAAUGCUGUCGCUAAGGCUUCAGCAUUGCUAGCGAAUGCUGAUUUUUCUAAGAUGGGGUUUUAUAUUGCGCAGUCUAAGGAUUCUUCCUUAACAGAAGUUUUUCUCAACGAGGAUAUUAAUGUAUUGUCAAAUGUGCCCUCCGAAUGUACGCUGUGGAAUAACUGCAAGCAGAAUUCCGUUUUAUUAAUGUUUAAUAAUGAAGAAUUUGUUGUCCCACCUAAUUGUUCAUUUAUUCUCGGCGAUGUUAGGUUGUCAAGACAUCUAAUUUUUCGUAAGAAGAUGACAUUUCUUUUCUCAUUUCUAGGUGGCUUGCAUUUCGACCUUAUAGUACUUGACCCUCCGUGGGACAAUAAGUCAGUAAGAAGAAAAAAGGACUUUGCAAUUUGUGCUGGGAUUCAUAUCCUACCAGUAGAUGUGCUGGAAAGGGCCCCAUUUUCUUGUGCUAGCAGUUAUUUUAUUGUUUUGCAUUUAGUUUUAUUUAGACAGUAUGAUACAUUUGAGUAUUCUGAGCUCUUUGAUUUGCGGUUAUCAGAAUUACUCGCUGAUGAGGGUUUUGUUGUUAUUUGGAUGACUAACAAUGAGCAUGUUCGCUCGACAGUGACCAGUUUUUUAAAGUGUCAUUGUUUGAGGCAGCUUGCUGUUUGGCACUGGCUAAAGGUCACCAAGUUUGGCGAGAAAGUGUGUGAAUUCCUACCUGCCCAUAAGGUCCCGUUUGAAAGUUUUUUAAUUGCCUGCAAAAAGUCUUUGAACCAAUUAACGGAUAAUUUCGUGAACAACUUUGUUAUUGUUAGCACUCCAUGUUCAGUACAUUCCCGCAAACCACCUAUUUUGCCUGUAUUAGAAAAUUUAAUUGGAUUCAAAGCAAAAAGUUGCUUAGAACUGUUUGGGCGUUAUUUGCUUCCAUCUACAGUUACUGUAGGUUUUGAAGCUUUAAAACUCCAGAAUAAACGAUUGUUUGCAAAUGAACACUGA